GAACUCCAUUAAAUAUAUAAACUCCUACUUAAGUAUUUGAAACACAUAUAUAUACACACAUAUGAGAGAUAGUCACAUCAUAAGUCACAACUAACAAUUUAUAUAUAUCUCUCUCUUCUAUAAGUUUUAAUGGUGAUUUAAGAGACCCGUAGUUCUCUCAGCCUCUGAUCAUCAUCCGGUUUCUACUCUCAGCAAAACACAAAUCAACGAUAAUAUCUCACUCUCUUUACUCAUUCUUCUUAUUUGGAUAAGAUUUGCUCUCCCUCAUUUUCGGCAGACUCAAUCCAAACCCUAACCUCUUUGAUUCCCAUCGCAUAAUAUUAAUUAUUCUCUUCAAGAAAUCAAUUAUAAAUAUUUUGAAGAAAUACCUUUCUUUACCAUCCCUCUUUUUAUUCUUACUCCAGGCUUUAAAUGUCAAAUGGUUCAAUCUGUCCUUUGCCCUUAAAUACUGUCACCACCACCAUCACUUCUCUACUGCAAACCCUUCUCGUAUCCUCUUAAGAAUAAGUACUUAAAAUACAUUACAAAUACACACCAAGCCCCUCCUAUAUAUAUUGCAGUAAAAACAAGAGAAGAAAAGAGAGAAACGAUUCUUGGUUUAGCUUUCUUAAUGGAUUGGAAGAAAGAGAUGGAAGGUAACCUAGCGAAUGACUACUUGUCCUCCAACCACGGCAUGAUGACGUCACAACGCCGCAUCUGCGUCUUCACCGGUCCGGUGAUCGUAGGCGCCGGACCGUCAGGACUAGCGACGGCGGCUUGUCUCAAAGAGAAAGGAAUAACUUCGGUAUUACUCGAGAGAUCAAACUGCAUAGCGUCACUAUGGCAGCUCAAGACAUACGACCGCCUCAGUCUCCACCUUCCAAAGCAAUUCUGCGAGCUUCCGCUUAUGCCCUUUCCCGCUGACUUCCCAACUUAUCCGACAAAACAGCAGUUCAUCGAGUACCUCGAGGACUACGCUCGUAGGUUCGAUAUACGACCGGAGUUUGGUCAGACGGUCGAGUCGGCGGAGUUUGAUGAGAAACUCGGGAUGUGGCGAGUGAGGAGCGUGGGUAAAGAAGGCAUGACGGAGUAUGUUUGCCGGUGGUUGGUGGCUGCGACGGGGGAGAAUGCAGAGCCGGUGGUCCCUAGGUUUGAGGGGAUGGAGAAGUUUGCGGCCACGGGGGUAGUUAAGCACACGAGUCAUUAUAAGACCGGUGGAGAUUUCGCAGGAAAAAGGGUUUUGGUCGUCGGAUGUGGAAACUCCGGCAUGGAGGUUUGUUUGGAUCUAUGCAACUUCGGUGCUCAGCCUUCUCUCGUUGUCAGAGACGCUGUGCACGUCCUACCACGAGAGAUGUUGGGUACUUCAACUUUUGGGCUGUCCAUGUUGUUACUCAGAUGGUUGCCCAUCCGGCUUGUUGACCGUUUCCUCUUGGUUGUUUCCCGGUUCAUCCUCGGGGAUACCACCCUGUUAGGUCUUAACCGACCCCGGUUAGGUCCAUUGGAGCUCAAAAAUCUCACCGGCAAAACCCCGGUUCUCGACGUGGGGACGCUUGCCAAGAUCAAAACAGGAGAUAUCAAGGUGUGUUCGGGGAUAAGAAGGUUAAAACGGCACGAAGUUGAGUUCGAUAACGGGAAAAAGGAGAGAUUUGAUGCCAUAAUAUUGGCAACUGGCUACAAAAGCAACGUACCCUCUUGGCUAAAGGAAAAUAAAAUGUUUAGUAAGAAAGAUGGAUUCCCAAUACAAGAGUUUCCGGAGGGAUGGAGAGGGGAAUGUGGGCUAUAUGCGGUGGGGUUCACAAAACGUGGGAUUUCGGGAGCAUCAAUGGAUGCAAAGAGAAUAGCUCAAGAUAUAUACGAGUGUUCAAGAAAAUCUGAUCAAGCCCAUAGACAUAUCCAAGUGUUCAUGUCAAGUAAACCUGAUCAAGCCUAAAGUAGAUUAAUAAUAAACGGUUGAGAGAUGAAAGGUUUCUGUCAAGAAAAAUACAUAACUUGAAGACGGGUAGCGAUCAAAGAAGAAAAUUGAUGGUUUGGGUUUCAAGGGGAGGAUGGGGGCGUGAUGUAAAUUAAGACUUAUCUCCAGCUGCAAUGCAAAUUGGGGAUAGAAAAAAUGAAAAUGAAAUUUAGUGAGAGUGAUCGUGGUGGGAAUUGAUGAUCAUCUGCCCCAAGAAGAAGAGGGGACCCCUCUCUCUCUCUCUCUCUCUCUCUCUCUCUCUCUCUCUCUCUCUCUCUCUCUCUCUCUCUCUCUCUCUCUCUCUCUCUCUCUCUCUCUCUCUCUCUCUCUCUCUCUCUCUGCAUGCUUAUAACCCACUUUGUAAAUCUUUCUAUACUGUCUUUCUAUGUUUCAUUUUCUUUAUUGUAGUUUCCUUAGUUAGGUAUGCUCUUUGUUUUUCUUAGCUUUUUCGGUUCAAUAUUUUUGGUAGAGUAUUGUCGUCAUUGUUUUUUGUUAUAUAGUAAGUGAAUUGUUAAAAAAUACAAUUAAAUGCUUAAAAAAUGUCCAAUUAGAAUGUGUCAAUGAAAUUUCGUUGUCGAAA